AUGGAAAAGAUAUACGAUUAUUCGUCCUCUGAAGAUUCUGAUACCGACGAGCUUCCUCCAGUACCUGAACUAAGCAUAUACCUGCAAAAUUAUUCGGACCAAUUUGACAUGUCAAGCAUAUUCGUGUACAUUCCUUGGAAUCCAUCGCUCUCGGUGCUCAACCAUUUGAAGCUGAUUUGCAAUAGAACUAUUAAACAUGUUCAUAACCGGAAUCCAGGAGUAAGCAAGAAGUACAAUUGGAACAUUGUGGGUGCCCCAUCAAAAGGUUUAGAGGGCCGAUUCAGUGUUACUAAUAACCAAUUGCUUAGAAGUCACCAUGUUACCCUCUUUCCCAAUGUCAGAGGUGAAUCGUACAAGAUGACGCAAUAUAUCGAGAAUAUCAGUAGUUCGCUAUCCAAGAUGACUAUUCCUGCGAGUUUGAUCCUGGAGGACACCAAGGAGACUGAAAGAAUCAACAAUCUUAACCGGAUCUUGUUCAAAGCCACAUCCUCUACGGAAGGACUUGACAACAAGAAGAAGAAAUACGUUUCGUUGAAUUUCGAGCCAAAAUUGAGUUUUUACACCAGUUCUACUACAAACAGCAUAUUCAUAGCCGGUAAGAUUCGUCUUACCCCAGACACAGCCUUAUUUUUCAAGAACAUAAACCAGAUAAUCGUGGAUAACAUCAAAUUGCUUGAUGUGACAAGCGAGCAGUCCCCUAUUGAGCAAGAUUACCAUAUAUCCUUGAUCCUAGGCGAAUUAAAGGGAUUUGAGACAAAUCGGGCUGAAGUUGGAAAAUUGAUCCGACUCAUGAAAGAGUUAGAUUUUACAAAUGAGCUCGACAAUAUUAAUAUUAGUAUAAAUUCGUUAAGGAUAAACGAGAUAUCCUCUACUAGAAACUCCUAUGAAGUUCCUCUCAAUAUAUAA